AUGAGCCGGGACCCAAAUUCCAAGAAGAGUCACAUCUGGACCGAGCUGCUCCGGGUCACCCCUGAAAAGCAAUGUGUCUUUGUACAACGGGUCCUGUUUUUGCACGAUCUUGCAAGCCGCCGCGGAGCGCGAUCAGCAUCAUCGAGGUUGAACAUACAAGAGUGGGGGAUUGAAUGUGAGCGGAUGAUUUUCCUCAGUUCCAUGGUGCUGCACAUGUCAGUAGUCACUGAUGAUCACGGGGGCCGCAUCUUUUCUGAUGAAGUUGUGCGCUCCAUUGUACUGCGCUGCGUUGAGGGGGACUACAACUCUGAAGCAGAGGACUACUUGACUUGCAUGGACCCACACUUCAAGAUAGAAGACACGAGCAUGUGGAAAGAGCAUGCACCAAAGCCCACAGAGACCGUGGCCACCAAAGUGGCGGCAGCGGAUUCAGAGGUCGACAACCUCACAAAGGAGUCUCGCAAAGCUCAGUUUGAUGCAGACUGCAUUGCUUUAGCCAGGGAUUGUGCACAAAUUGGACAGCUUGUCAAGGAAGUGAACAAGUGCGAUCAAACUGCUCGGACAGAGCGUGUCCUACACUUGCGGCACCAGAAUACCAUCGGAGCUGGGUUGGUUUCGGAAUAUAUGGCCACCAACAUGGCUCUUGGCAGCGGCAGCGUGAAGGACCAGCAAUCCUUGAUGGACAGGUUCCUGUCAAGAUUUCCGGACACACCCACCAUCAUCUAUGCUGAUCUGAUGAAAUGCGGAAGAUGCAGCAAUCAAGAGCUGAACGAAUUUUCAGAAUUGCUCAGCGCUGGUUUGGCCAAACGGCCCCAUGCAUCAGUGGCAAUUGUGGUGGCUCCAUGGCUAUGCUCCGAGAAGGUGUGUAAUGGCUACAGAGGAGAGUUGAGACGCUGGGAAGACAAAUUUGAUGCCCGUGGCCUCUACUCGGAGUCAAUGGCGGUGAGGGCGACAAGAGCGGAGUGUCCCUGGCAAGCGGAAGCAUCGUACAUUGUCCCAGUGGCAAGCAAGGAUGCCAUUCCGCAUGCGUCAGAGGGACAUAGGAGUCUAUCAGAUGUCCAAGAAAGUGCUCAGUUUUUGGUGCAAGAUGUGAUGGUGCGAAGCUUGCUAGAGUCUGUUUUGGCACGAGCUCAGAUCCCUGAGAGCACCAAUACGAUUGCGUUGGUGAAUCUGACACCGUACGAUGGGAUGGUGGAACGUGCAACCAGGAAGUGGAAGGAGAUUUCAGUUGAUUCACCUUUCCAUUUCAAGACCCUGAGCCUCACCAAAAACUUGGGCAUCUGCGAGUUUGUCGAGAAGGAGUGGAAGAGCGGAUCGCCUACCUUUGGGAAGUGCAGACCCUAUGAGCCUAGGCCACCACCAACUCCUGCAAAUCAGAAGAUCGAUCUGGCCAAUUUCCCGGUCCGCCUUGUGAAGAUUGAGUAUGACUUGGCACCUGGGAAGAAGGGGUGGCAGCAGUACAAGGUAUCAAUCCCCCCAGCCGUCAGGGGUAGAUAUGUGGACGACAUCGUGUACCGCAAUGAAUGGGCAGAACUCCUCAAAGACUUUGACAAGCAGUUUGGAGUGGCUGCAGGUCCCGAAGAGGCCUUGGUUCCAGCACCAUCGGAACCGGAGAGUGAACCGCUUCCCCCAUGGACCGAGCCGGAAUCAUUGGACCAGCUCUUGGACGCAUACAUCGUGGAAGCAAAGAUGGCUGGACGGAUUGGAGGGACAUCACUGUAUUUGAUGCCAGUGAAACGGAGAGACGGAAGCGUCACGGAAAUCAUCGAUGGGCAAAAAUGGAAGCUCUUCCUAGCUCCUAGACUCAUUUGUUGA